CCGCAACCGACGUAGCUCAAUUCAGCUUAUCUCAGUAUGCAAGCUCAUUUAUUGCAAAUUUUGAUACUCCUAAUUGGAUUUACAUACAUCCAUGCAGGAAACUUCUUGACCGAGAAACCUGAUGUCCUCGAAUCCUGCUCCUUCGAUGGUCCUAAAUUCAAGGAAUGUUUAAUUAGUAACCUUCAAGUGAUCUUCAUUAACUGGACUCAUGGGCUGCCCGGCUCAAACAUCAUUGGUCCCGUGGAUCCGUUUACCAUAAAACGAUUGAUUUUAUCUAGAUCAUCUCCGAGUGAUGACAGCAAUCCCGUAAAUGUCGACACAGAUGUGCAAAAUGUUCUUGUCAGCGGUGUUAGCCAGGCAAAAAUCGUGGAUGCAAGUUAUCUUCCAAAAAACAAUAAAACCGAAGUUCUUCUCUGGAUUCCGAAGCUAAGGAUUGAUUUCGACUAUAGUGUUAAGGGCAAUGUUGGCGGCCGAAAACUUGAUGAUCAUAGCAAGGGCCAUGUAAAAAUAGAAAAACUGUUGAUCGCUUUUGAUGUUGACAUAGCAUCCCAAGUCACACCCAAAGGCAACUUUAUCGAUGUGCAACAUGUCAGCGUAAGUUUCAGAGAAAUCGGGAAACUGAAAUUCAAAGUGAAUAAAUUGUUUGGAGGCGACAAAUAUCUAGAACAAUUAACCCAUAAUUUUAUUAAUGAAAACUGGGUUGAAUUCUACAUAAGCUGGAGGCCAAUCAUCGAAUAUGUCAUCGAGACGAUGGUUUUUCUACGCUCAAGAAAAAUAUUUAGUUAUAUACCAGCAGAAUAUCUGAUUGAUAACUAUGCAUUGCUCGAAUCCAUUUAUUGUUUCCAAGCUAAUGUACUUGUGCCCUGUUCUUUGGAUGAUUCAAAUAUUAGCAAUUGUCUUGCCAAAAAUCUCCAGGACAUCUUCAUCAAUUGGGCAGAUGGUAUACCUGGAAAGGAUGUUUUUGGACUUACAGAUCCAUUUAAUCUCGACAACUAUAUUGAGACAAAGGAAAUUUCAGGGUUCGAUGGCAGACCCAUUACUAUUCACAAUGAAUUUUUGAACUUUUCUGUAAAAGGCUUGAGUCAGGGAAUUAUCAGCGCAGCCAGUUACGGAGACGGUAUUGCAACAGCUUCUUUGGAUAUUCCAAAGCUAAUCCUAAAUUUCGAUUUCAAGGCCACAAUUGAGGACGCCUCUGACCUGGUAGCCUGCUCGUUAGAAGAUGCUAAGUUUAACGAAUGUCUUGUUAAAAAUCUUCAAACUAUAUUUAUCAACUGGAAAGAUGGGAUCCCCGGUUCAGAUAUAGUCGGACCCAUAGAUCCAUUUACUAUUAAAUUUGACAUUUGGACCAAAAUAUUAAACAAUGAACUAUUCAGCAAAUACUUGGGUAAUGGAACAGACUUUAAAGAUAUUGUCGUUAAAGGCAUGAGUCAAGCAACUAUUACGGAGGCUAGUUAUGAUCCUACCAAAUAUGAAGCGAAGGUUGUUUUUAAGAUUCCAAAGCUGAUCUUUCAUGUCGACUACAAAUUGACGAUUAGUGGAGGUGUUAAUAAUUUACAAAUCAGCACUAAAGGCUCUUCUAGCUUAGAAUUGGCUAGAAGGCGGUAUCAAAAAAGAGUUAGAUGCCAAAGACGAUCUAUCAAUGACGAUGUCUACGAUGCUUACUGGAGGGAAUGGUUCAAGACCUUUAAAACCUUUUUUGAUCCAACAGCUGAGUCGUUGUUGCUUCAACGGGUCAAGAAGAUAAGUAGCAGCCCGAUUCAAAUGAGGCGCAGACAUCCGGAAGCAGUCGAGAUGAAUGCAACUCAGAAGAGCAGCAAUCCUUAUUGCCUUUUUUACGGCUUAUUCGCAAUCUUUUUGUGCAAUGAAGUCGUUGGCGUCGAGUACUUCACCGAGAAGCCAUCGUUUUUGCCCUCAUGUCGCAUUAAGGAUCCCGAAUUUACAACAUGCUCGACAAACAGCAUUCAGAAAUUAAUUGAUCAGAUGAACAUCGGUAUACCAGAGUUGCUAAAUACAUUUGGUCCUUUGGAUCCUAUGCGGAUCAGGGAUAUUAUCUUUAAACAGGAUAACAAUAAUGUAGCCACACUUAAUUGUAAUCUAACCGAUGUACACAUCAAAGGCUACUCGAAAAUGAAGAUUAAGGAAUCACGUGUGAGCAAAAAGGACUUCAGCUGGCAAACAAAGAUCUUUUUGCCCAAAACACGAAUGGAAUCCAAAUAUAAAAUGGAAGGUCGCAUUCUAGUGAUACCGCUAAGUGGAUCAGGCAACAUGGUCAUGGAAGUCGAAAAUCUUAAUGUUAUAAUGCUAGCCAAAACGCAUCUCUAUGAGAAGGGUGGCUUCACAUUCUACAACAUUACUUCUAUAAAAACUAAACUGAAUAUGACACGUAUUUACACUAACAUGGACAAUCUUUUCAAUGGUCGCGACAAGGAAAUUGAACGUAGUACGAACGAGUUCUUCAAUGAAAAUUGGCGUGAAGUCUAUGAAGCAUUCCGCCCACUGAUUACUGAAACUGUAGAGACCGUACUAAUGGAACUUUUAUCCUCUGUAUUUAGUCUUAUACCCGCCAACUAUUUUAUUGAGGAUAUUCCUACACCCAAGCAAUUAUACGGAGAUAAGGGUAAUGAGUAAAAGAAAUAAAUUGCAAUUAUCUGGGGUACAUUUUCUAAAUAUUUUAAAUCUUACUAAUUGGUCAUUAAUAUUGUUUAAGUACUUUCAGCAGAAUAAGAUACGAUCAAAUAGAAAACUUAACUUAUAUGAGUAAAAGUAUUUAUGAAAAUUUAUUAAAUUUAAUUUAAAUUGUCAUACAUUUUAUAGUGCAAAAUAUAUAUUCAUCAGAUAUC